UACGAAGAGCUAGAGAAGCAGCUGAAGGAAGUGUUUAAGGAGCGCAGCACAGUCCUGCGGCAGCUGACAAAGACGUCCCGAGAACUGGAUGGGAUCAAAGUCAACCUUCAGUCUUUGAAAAAUGAUGAACAGUCUUCCAAAAUGGAUGUUCAGAAGCUUCUGGAGUUAGGCCAGAAGCAAAGGGAAGAAAUGAAGUCUCUCCAGGAGGCCCUGCAGAAUCAGCUUAAAGAGACAUCUGAAAAAGCAGAGAAACAUCAGGCUACAAUUAAUUUUUUGAAGACUGAAGUGGAAAGAAAGAGCAAAAUGAUCCGUGACCUACAGAAUGAGAAUAAAAGCUUGAAGAACAAAUUGUUGUCUGGAAGUAAGCUGUGUGGGAUGCAUGCAGAAGAGUCGAAAAAAAUCCAAGCCCAACUGAAGGAGCUCCGUUAUGGGAAGAAAGAUUUGUUAUUUAAGGCCCAACAGCUCACCGAACUGGAACAGAAGUUAGCUGUCGCCAAAAAUGAACUUGAGAAAGCAGCUCUCGACAGGGAAUCCCAGAUAAAAGCAAUGAAAGAGACCGUACAACUCUGCUUGACAUCAGUUUUCCGUGAUCAGCCUCCUCCUUUCAGUCUCAUCCCAUCAAAUCCAUCACAGAUGUUGCAUCUGCCCAGAACAAUUGCUUCCAAGAUUCCAGAUUCGAGGACAAAAAACAAGUCACAGAAAAGUUCUCCAGAAAACCAUGAGAGCUCCCAAGUUCAGUCAACAAAGGAAAAGACGAGGAGAACCUCUGUGUGUGGUCCUCAAGAUGAGGGUAGUCCCUGUCUGGUGAAGCAUAAGGAGGGUCCCCAAAGAAACCUCACUGCAGAAUCAGAGCCUGCAACACAGAAAUUGCAAAUGUCUCCUUGUCCUGAAUGUGAGGAGAAAACAGACCCAGAGAUACAACCAGCUGGUGUUGAUGGUACUCCAGCUAGAGAAGAAAAAAUACUGUAA